GCGAUUUGUUCAAUUUCUAUAAAACAAAGUUACCAAAAUGCUGCCCGCUGUUGAGCAGAAGUUGAGCGAUAUUUUUAUAUAUCUGGAGGUGCGACAGCGCUGGGUUCUCUGCUGCUUCACAUUUUUGGCGAUCAUCAAUGCCUACACAAUGCGUUUGUGCUUGGAUUUUACGCUUAACCGAAUCAUCUUGGAAUGUGGUGGUCAUAGGGUGGACAACGUUCCUCAAGUGCUGAAUCCCAAGGCACUGCCCAACUGGCGUUUUGAACUGUCCAUGGCACUGAAUCACACGGAAUAUCAACUGAGAAGCAGGCUAAAAGCGGGAAAGGAGCACCCAGAUCCCAACCAGAUAAGCGACAAAAGAAUGCGGGAUAGAGAACCUGCCGGUGAGAAUCCUCCUGGUCAAGAGAACUCUCAAGAACGUUUGAGCUGCUCCGAGCUAUGGCCUCGUCAAACCCAAUCCCUUGUAGUAAUGGCAUUCUAUGCCGGCUAUAUGCUCACCCACGUUCCGGGCGGACGGCUAGCGGAGAGGUAUGGUGGAAAGUGGGUGCUCGGUGCUGCCAUACUCACGUCAGCGGUGCUGACCCUGCUAACUCCCACUGCAGUGCGACAGGGCGGUCCGUAUGCCCUUGUCGCUGUCCGUCUACUGGUCGGAAUUUGUGAGGGCCCUUGCUUUCCGGCCGUGUGUGCACUCCUGGCCCAGUGGGUUCCAGAACAAGAGCGCGGAAUGCUGGCAAGCUGCGUACUCAGUGGCGGUGAGAUCGGCAUCACGAUGGUCCAGUUGGUCAGCGGGUUGCUUGUGGCGGAGCAGGAUUGGCCCGUGUUCUUCUAUCUGGUUGGUGGAGGAGCCGUGGCCUGGUUCCUGGGAUUUACCUUAGUUUGCUAUAGCACUCCGGAUCAUUGCCCGUUUAUUCAGAGCGAAGAACGGGAAUACAUACGGUGCAAUACUAGCAACUCCUUUUUGUUGACCACUGCCGGAGAAAGAGAGGAGAUGGACGGGGAAGAUGGAUAUGAUGGAUAUGAAGGUGAGGAUAGGGAGCACGGCGGAGAAGUGGAAGCAACGUGUAACACUGCACCUUGGAGGAGUAUGCUUAACAGCACGCCGCUCUGGGCACUGGUUUCCACCUCCAUGCAGCAGGAAUUCCAACAAAAAUUGCCCCAGGAGCUGCAAAUUGCGCUAGAGGAAGUAAGAGCCCAUGGCAGCAGUUUCUCAGAACUAACCACCAUCAUCGAAACGAUAGCACCGUCAGUUGGAAACUGGAUGGCUUCGCUGACAACAGGGCGGCUGAGCGAUGUGCUAAUCGAGCAGCAGAUUCUCACGCGCACUCAGACGCGCCGUCUUAUGUCCUGGUUGGUCUUCUUAUGCGGAUCCAUGUACAUGCUGCAGAUCAAGAUGAGCGGAGCACGAAUCUGGAGCGUUCUGGGCAUGGGAGCCUACUAUGCGAGCAUUAAGCUGCUACCGCUGGAUAUGAGUCCCAACUAUGCUGGCACUUUGAUGGGCAUUUCGGGCGGCAUGGGUGCGCUUCAAGAACUACUGAUGCCCUAUCUGGAUCAACUGGAGACCGACUACAAGCUGGUGAGCGGUGUGAGGGCCGCCAUGUGGGUAAUCGGCGCCAGCUACAUAUCCGGUGACGUGCAGGCGUUUAACCAACCGGAACCAGAACGGGAGCCACAAUGAGGAG